UCGAAGCACCUCAUAAAUUGACAUGUGUAUUUUCUAAUGCUCGUGCCGCAGAGCCUGCUACCCAAAGUACGAGGACGAUCCUACCAUCAUGUCUACCACUACUGUCGAGACCGUGCCUUUGCCCGCCCUCAGCCUCACACUACAAAAUGGCCAAAAGAUUCGCUACCAUUCAGAUAUCUCAAUCGAGGCCGACGAAAUUCCAGUCAUCGAUAUCAGCGACAUCUAUAGCGAUAAUCUUCAAGCCCGUAAAGCCGUAGCAGAAAAAGUUCGAGAGGCGGCGCAUCGCAUCGGCUUCUUCUACAUCAUUAAUCAUGGCAUCGAUCCCGAGCAUGCGGAGAAUACAUUUCAACAAGCGAAAAGGUUCUUUGCGCAGCCCGAAAAGAAGAAGAUGGAAGUGUGCACAGAUUUGGUUACAGAAUAUUUCGGUUAUUUUCCGAUGGCAAAGUAUAAUCGAAAUGGAAAGAAAGAGAAGGACCUCAUGGAGGCUUACAAUUGGGGCUAUAGUCCAAAGUACGAUCCCGAAGUGGCGAGUGGAAAGGAACCGGAUGUUGACUACGUGAAGCUCCUGUGGCCCGUAGAGCUUCCUGGCUUCAAAGAAACGCUUUAUGAGCACCAUUCUCAACUGUUGACUCUUGCACGUCGCUUGACAAAGACAUUUGCUUUAGCGCUUCAUCUCGACGAGGACUAUUUUGCCGAGUACAUCAAGACUCCAGCAGCGGGCAUGAGGAUUACACAUUAUCCUUCACAAGAAGCCUCGCCUUCAGACCAGCUAGGAAUCGGCGCGCAUACUGACUUCGAGUGCUUUACUUUCGUGACACAGGAUGAGCACGCCGGCCUUGAAGUGCUGUCAAAAUCUGGCUACUGGAUCAAAGCCAAGCCAAUACCGGGAAGUAUCGUCGUGAACAUCGCAGACUGUUUCAUGCGACAAACCAACGACUUCUUCGUCUCGACUGUGCACCGCGUCGUCAACAAGGCCGGCGCAGAGCGCUAUUCCUGCCCCUUCUUCUUCGGCUUCCAGCAAGACAUGAAGCUAGAACCUGUACCCACAUGCGUAAGCGAUAGCAACCCGAUGAAGUACCCUAUCGUCAGCUCGGGCGAGUAUCUCAGGUGGCGAGCCGAGCAAGCUAAGAAAGUGGUAUGAUGGGGGUCGGCUUGGGUACGGAAAUAGCCAUACCGGGUGAAUACUUCCUGAGGCUAUCACCAACUUCCGGAUCUUCAAGCGCCGUAGCAGAAGGAUUCUUGAACUAUCUCAUUAUCAUUACCACCUUAUUGGUACAUAUCACGACUCGAGUGUACGCUAAAGCUCCCUCCGCGUUACCCCACUAUCGUAUUCUUGGCUGUCGCCUUCCUCCGAGCCCCAGAGAUACCGUCUAUCGCAAAGAUAAGCGGUACAAGACACUAAUGCGCCAACAACGACUCCCUAAGCCACGACUUUCGCCAUUCUGGAAAUAUGUCUGAUAAGCGACAUCCGUUAAAGUAGAACCAGUACUUGGAUCGCUGCUGCCGACCGCCGGUGCUGAUGGAAUUACU